AUUUACGCCAUGGCGAGGGAUAGUAUCAUUAUGUGAGAAUUUAAAAAGUAAACCCACUUCCUCGAGAUAACAGCAUGGCUCAAAUUAUUGUACGCGUGCAGUCCUGCGAAGGGACUUCAAGGAUAAAAUGUUCACAAACUGAAACUGUCUCGUCAUUUCUAACCAAGAUUGUAGACGAGCUUUCUCUUCCGAGAAGAGGAUGGACAUUAUUUCUUAGAAGAAACAAAACAGGAGAGAUAAAGAAUUCUACGAGAAAGACUUUAGCUUCACUUGGAAUUAAGCAUGGAGAUAUGCUUUUCUUGUCUCGUGAAGCUCCACCAGUGGAUAAUGAUAUGUCAGGAAUAAAUUCCAUCCCUUCAACAUCUACUGCAAACUCAGCAACCCCUGCAUCAUUCAAUAGCAUCAAAGAGGACGAAAUUGAUGUUCUUCUUUCCAAGCAAGAUGGUCUGAUUCACAGAGGUCGAGACCCACAGCUAUGUCAUCACAACCCCAACAGCAAAUGCAUCCAUUGUGUACCUCUAGAGCCAUAUGAUGAAGAGUACUUAAAGAACCACAAACCUCCAAUCAAGCACAUGUCUUUCCAUGCAUUCCUCAAGAAAAUGGGUGGAGGUACAGACAGAGGCAAGUUUACAGUACUGGAGGAUAUCAGCUGCAGGAUUAAACCAGGGUGUACAGAGCAUCCACCUUGGCCUGGUGGAAUUUGUACAAAGUGUCAGCCUAGUGCUAUUACACUGAAGAGACAAGUUUAUAGACACGUGGACAACAUCCUUUUUGAAAAUCCCUUUAUUGUAGAACCAUUUUUGAACUACUGGAGAAAGACUGGAAAUCAGAGGCUGGGAUUCCUGUAUGGCCGUUAUGAGCACCACAAGGACGUACCCCUAGGAAUACGAGCUUCAGUGGCUGCCAUUUACGAACCCCCGCAGGAAGGCACUCCGGACAGCAUUAAGCUCCUUUCGGACCCCGCUGAAGCCAUAGUUGACAAGCUGGCUGCUGAUUUAGGCCUUCAGAAGGUGGGCUGGAUAUUUACGGACCUUGUUGCCGAAGACGUAAGAAAAGGAACCGUGAAGCAUUUACGAGAUAUUAAUACACAUUUCCUCACUGCUGAGGAAUCCAUCUUGGCUGGUCAAUUGCAGAAUCAGCAUCCAUCACCGUGUAAAUUAUCUUCAAAUGGAAAAUUUGGAUCAAAGUUUUCCACCGUUGUUGUGUCAGGUAACACGGAUAACCAAGUUGGUUUUGAUGGUUUUCAGGUGUCCAAUCAGUGUAUGGCGUUAGUUCGUGACGACUGCCUGGUACCCACCAUAGAUGAACCAGGCCUCGGCUACGUCCGGGAAUCUUCGAGCAAUCAGUAUGUCCCGGAUGUGUUCUAUAAGACUGUUGACUCGUACGGUAAUGAAGUAACUCUGCUAGCUCGCCCAAUGCCUAUAGAAUAUCUUUUAGUUCAGGUGCCGACUGCUUUUCCUGUAGAACCUCAGUUUACCUUCUCCAACCAGAGUCAGGGAGAACCUUUCCCGCUAGAAAACCGCUCAAGUAUGGGAGAAGUUCAGGAUUUUCACGCGUUAGUGAGAUACUUAAACCAGUUCCCUCCCGAUGAAUUUCUUCCCGCUGUGUCCAAUUUUCACCUCCUGGUUUUUCUGGCAACUUGCGACAUAUUUCCAUUAAAGGAUCACUUGGGAGAUCUGUGCACGGCGAUUAGAAACAAAGACGCUGAUUUGGCUCGGCGCUGGACUAAAAGCGAAGAAUGGUGCACUGUGAUGCAGCUUAUGCAAGCAGCAAACGCCCCCUCUCCAGAGCCAAGAGGAUCAAGGGACGUCGACAUGGUUGAUAUAUCCCAGUCCCCUAGCGGUGCAAGCUGGUCGUGUAAGCAUUGUACAUUUAUGAACCAACACGAGCACGAGAACUGUGACAUGUGUGGCUUGCCUCAACACUGAGAAAAGUGAUUAAUAGUUUGUUGGAUGUUAUUAUUGUUGAAACUCAAGGUGAAGCUGCAGGACAGACAACAAGGCACAGAAUUCAGAUUAUUCUCUACUUCGGCUCCGCUGAACUUAUUUUCAAUUGGCUUUUUCAUCGGUUCCGCUGAGUACGUUUGUAUUUUAUCACCAGCGGAAUUGCCAACUAACGGCGCCGUUGAAACUGCUUCCCUGCUUCUCUAUAUUAUAUUUAACUGGAAAGUAAUUUCUGGUACCAGAAGGCGAAACAGCGCGUGCUGGAGCCAAGAGAGAUAUUUCACACGUUGGUCCACUUGUCUGUUAUUUUAGACAGUGAAUGAAAGGUUGUGGCAGAGAUGUUUUGUGGAUGCAAAUAAAACAAUCAUCGUUUCUGAGA